AUUGUAAGAUACAGUAUAACCUUGAAAUCUAAAUAAUGAUUUUUAAUUAUAUACGUAACUGAUAAAAAAAUAAUGGAUAAAGUUUUAAUGCAAACCUUACAAAUUAGUCGGCGUUUAGUACACAAAUCCUUAUUAACAUAUCAAUGUUCAAAAAUUUUAGAAAAAUCUAAACUAAAUAUGCAUACUCUUGGCAAUACUCACAUUCUACAGCCACGUCUACUUUCUGUCACAAAACAAUUUGAUGUCAAUAAUAUGCAAAGACGUAAAAUGUUUAUUCAAACACAAGACACUCCAAACCCUAAUAGUUUAAAAUUCUUACCUGGAAUUAAAGUGCUUGAACAGGGUCAAACAAAAGAUUUUCCUAAUGCUACUACAGCAUACAAUUCACCACUUGCAAAAUUGUUAUUUCGCAUUGAAGGUGUAAAAUCUGUUUUCUUUGGACCUGAUUUUAUUACAAUUACAAAAACGGAUGAGGAUGUUGAAUGGAAGUUAUUAAAACCAGAAAUAUUUGCUGUCAUUAUGGAUUUUUUUGCAUCUAAUUUACCUGUGUUAAAUGAUGAUCAAUCAGCACCAGAUACUCAAAUCACAGAUGACGAUGAUGAAAUAGUGCAAAUGAUAAAAGAAUUAUUAGAUACUCGAAUACGGCCAACAGUUCAAGAAGAUGGUGGUGAUAUUGUCUUCAUGGGAUUUGAGGAAGGAAUAGUGAAAUUAAAAAUGCAAGGUUCUUGCACAAGUUGUCCAAGUUCUGUGGUCACACUGAGAAAUGGAGUUCAAAAUAUGAUGCAGUUCUACAUCCCGGAAGUUCUUGGAGUAAUUCAAGUAGAAGAUGAAACUGAUAAAAUUGCGAAUAAAGAAUUUGAGAAGUUCGAAGAAAAAAUUAAAAAAUCUGAACAGAAUGAAGAAAAAUAGAAUAGAAGUUGUAGUUCGGUAAUCAUCAAAAAAUUUGUAUGUGAAUAAAAUCGAAUAUUCACAUUUAA